UUCCCAUAAUACAUAGCCUAAAAUGCCAUGUGGGGAGAAUGUACUGUAUGUCAACAGGGCACAAACUGGAGCAAAGCAGAUUGUCAUGACAUUGUGGAGGGACACUGAGCGAGAGAGGAUGAGGAGCAGGAACGACAGGGUGGGGUCACUGUUCUGUGGGCGUGGCUUUGGCCUGAGUAGAGGUUUUGACAGAAGUCAUCGGAGGAGCAGCCAGCCAGCCUCUGACCAACACUGGGCAAAGAGUGAGCGACAACCCAGGCGAAACGCCUAAUGCACAACCCAAGGAUGCAAUCCACAGUGGUCACCAUGUCGGACAUGGAUCGUAGAACCAGCCGCACCAGCCACGAGGCUCAGGACACUGAAGCAUCUACCCCACUGAACCCUGUCCCUGACGGGGUCACCCUGGGCACUAACCUCCCCUGCUGGUACUACUUCACCAGGCCCAUCCUGGCCAUCCUUAUCGGCGGGGUGCUGUUUGGCUUGGGCACGGCCCUCUCCUUGCUCUACUUCACCCAGGUGGGGAACGUGCCCUACCUGUUGGGUCCUGUGUUCCUCUCUGUGGGGCUCAUGUUCCUGGUCACGGGGCUGGUAUGGGUGCCCGUGGUGAAACAGAGACUGGAUUACAAGGCUCUGACCAAGGUCAAUGACAAGGCGCUUCAGGUGCAUGAACAGCACUGAAGCACCAUGGACUAUUAAAGCUAAAACGAUGUUGUGUUUUGUACUGUAGAGUAGGUCAACAGUGUUAGUGGGGUUUUCUCCCAACAGAAUUCUGAAAAGCACACUUCCUAAAAGAUGUAUAAAUGUGUGAGGAGGCAGGUGUAACAUAACAUAGAAAGAUUUGUAUUUAUUUAACCUUUAUUUAUACAGGUUAGUCUUAUUCAUAUAGAUAGUCUUUUGCAAGAGAGACCUCUGUGAAAUGUACUGUAUGUCUUCUGUAUGUAGCUGUCCUCUAUAUCUAGGCCCUAAUACAAAUAUGGGAUUGAAUGACCUCGUCCUGUAAAAGGGAACAUCGUGAUUGCUCUGUUGGAGGGUUUUAACAUGAUCAGAACAUAGCCCUGCUGCUGUGGCCCAGACUAUCCCAUCAGUCUGUCUGAUUGUGAUCUGUAUUAGUUGUUGUUUUUCCACCAUAAGCCGCUGUUUUCCUUGUAGCUGCUGUUGUAGUGGAUUGCUAAAUCCUUUAGAAACAGGAUUACGGCGGCAGAAAAUGCUACAGGACAUGAUUAUUGCUGAUUGUCGAAGUCACGAUGGACAGUUGGACACUGAGUGGUAGUGGGUGCACCCUGGCUCUGUCCCUCAUCCAAAUACUUCUGCUGGAUGUAUUGUCUAACCUUUUAUGUUUCUGGGUCAAAAAGACUGUGUCCAUCUGGCAGUGAUCAAAAGCAAAACUAAUGUUUAAGGGAGGUGGGGGACAGUGGGAUUUGAAUUCGGUCUAAAUUAGCCAAAAUGUUUACAUAAACUUGAGGUUUUACAUUGCAUUGUGCAUUUCUUCAAUCAUUCAUGUAGGCUACUCUCAUUCCAUGUAAUUCUCAACAUUGUGAGAGAAGCAAGUCUUCAUGUACCCUUUAUCUUCUUUCUAAAUGUGUAAUAUUAUUUAUGAACAUUAUGCAAUAAUUGUGUGAUGAAUAAUAAAUUAGAUUUGAUAUACUA